CGUCGCACAUGUGCCUUCGACGCAGAAUCAUGACGUCACGCCUCGAUGGCGUUCAGCAGCUUCAUGUGUGUCUGAUGUUAUGUUUUUCCAUUUCAAAUGAAACCUCUUCUAUGGAUUAUUGCCUCGCGCAGCUGGUCCACCUAAUACUCCCAAUGUGAAGUCCUUCUUCAGCAUCUCCUCAACAAAGAGGCCCCUGCUGUCAUGCCUCCGGUCAUGGCUCAGAUCAAUGAUCCCAAGAUCGCCUUUGCCUACCUGCGCCCGGCCUGCGUCCUCCUCACCCGAGCGCCCACUGUGACCAACGUGGAGACACUGAGCGGCCAGCUAAAAGAAGUCAACGAUGCCACCUUGCAGCAGCUGCAGGAGUACGUCCUCUUCCCUCUUCGCUUUGUCCUCAAAGUCCCCGGGCCCAAGGACGAAAAGCUGGUGCAGUCCGUGGCGGAGGCCGUGAGCCACGUCCUCGAGAACACUUGUGUCCAGAGCUGGGAGACCCUCCGCGAGCUCCUCUCGGAGCUUUGCCUCUGCCUGUGCUCGCCAACGGAUCCCGGGAAACCCGCAGACACGUCGGAAGAGCUCAAGUCGUCCGUGCUGAGGUGCCUGGACGCGCUGCUUCACGCCGCUUACGGUGAUAUAGUCUUCAAACUCUUCGAACCGGUCAUGCUGCCGGGACUCGGCGCUGCCAUAUCGUUGCUGCUGGCCUUAGCGGAGAAGGAGAAAUGCCGAGACGUGCAGGCAGCGGCGUUGAAGUGCCUCCAGUCGUUGACUCUGCAGUGUGACUGCACUCAGGAGCAUGUGGUCCCAUCCACGGAGGAGAGAUGCGCGAUGGGCAGAACCUUGGCUUCAUUCUUACCUGGGAUCACUGUGGCCGUGGCCAGGAUCAUUACCGGAGAUCUGAGACAAGGACACGCAGUCACAAUCAGGGCCAUCAAGGUCAUGUCUAGGACUGUGGGGCUCGUCAUGGAAGAUGCCCAGAUUCGGGCCGGCGAGCCCAGCGAAACUCCCUCAGCAGACUUGGGGCGAAUCGCUCAGCUGAUGGUCCUCCGGACGCCGGCCUGGGUGAAGAGCACGGCAGGGAAACUGUCCGUGCUCCUGAGGAAGAUCAUCUCCUGCACCUCGUCCCACCUGCACUGGAGGGUCCGACUAGAGAUGGUGGAGCUGGAUAACCACUUGCUGGCCAGGUGUAGCCAGUCACUGGGAGAGUGUGUGGGGCCGCUACUGGAAGCACUGGUGGGAGCAGUCAACGACGAGGAGCCCAGAGUCAGGAAAAGAUGCGAAGGUGUCCUCUGCGAGGUGUCACAGAGGAAUCAGAGCGGCGUCGCCGGCAGCAGUGCUCAGACCUUCACAGACGUGCUUUCAGAGAAUCUCCACUCCUUGGCCACCUCUCUGCCCAGACUGAUGAGGACAUCCGAUGACCAGAAGAAGCUCUUUGUCCUCAACGUGUUCCUGGGUUAUUUGAAAGUCCUGGGACCGACCGUCUCCGUGGUGCUGAACUCUGCUGCGCACCUCGAGAGGAUUUCCAAAGCCCUGAUGCAGGUGCUUGAGCUGGAUGUGAUGGAUGUCCACAUUGUGGAGGAAAGAAGUUACGCUGUUGCCAUAGAGACGAGCCCGGGAUCUCAGGAUUCUUAUGCUGCUCACAUACAGAGGAAGCAUUUUCUCUACUUCACAGAUGAGAAGAUCUUCUCUGCGCUUAUGGAGAUCUGUCGAACAUUAGGCUACUACGGCAACAUUUACCUGCUGACGGAUCACUUCCUGGAUCUGUACCAACAGUCCUCCGCAUACAGAAAGCAGGCGGCCAUGGCGCUCAAUGAGAUUGUCCGGGGAGCAGCGGGCAUCGGCGUGGCAACAGCGGGUCACGGUCUUGGGAGUCCAGUUCGGGGACACUCUGCCAGCCGGGAGGACCUUAAAGUGGCGGUGGUGUCUGUCAUGGAGGAAUACACCAGUCUGCACAACUGGCACUUGAUAACCGUCAGCGAGGAGACGGAGAGAGACCGACAGGACCAGCAGCUACUCAGCCCUUUGGGACUCCUCUCCAUAUCCAACAAUAAUGUCGCCACAAACACCAAGGCGAACUCUCUCCAAGUGAUUCCUUCUUCAUCCGGCGCUCCACCUUCCUCGUCGUCAACCUCCACAAUUCACCAGCUCAACAGCAACAUCUGGCAGCUGUGCAUCCAACUCGAGGGCGUCGCCCACUUUGCUCAGGCACUGGGACCCGACUUUCGGCCCCUUUUGAUGACAUCACUGUAUCCCGUGCUGGAGAAAGCCGGGGAGGAGACGCUGCUGGUCAGCCAGGCAGCGCUGGGCUGCAUGCGGCACGUCAGUGAGGCCUGUGGCUACGACUCCCUGAAGGAGCUGAUCAACGACAACUCCGACUACCUGCUCAACGACGUAUCGCUCAACCUGCAGAGGCUCGGCCAGCACCCACAGGCUCCGCGGGUGUUGACAGUGAUGCUGACGCACUCGGACUGCAGCCUGCUGCCUCUGGUCGGGGACGUCGUUCAGGAUGUGCUGACGGCUCUGGAUCUCAGCUACGCGCACACGGCCGCGCUCUUCUGCUCGGUGCUGCACGCGCUCAUGAAGGCCCUCGCGAGGUGGUUCCCCUCUAGUCGUGCAAAGACGCGUGAAUCUGCCGGAUCCAAACACACCUCCUCUCCCGAGGACGUCCUCGACAUCCGCCACUACCUGCUGGAUCUCCGUAAGCAGAAGGAGCUGGCAGAGGGCGUUGGAAUAGAGGAGGACGACGCCGAAGACCUUGAAGUCCCUCCUCCCACCCAGUGUGAGGAUGUUGAUGAUAUCGGUGGUCCUGACGUGAAAGUAGAGCUGCCCGCCCACCUCAGCACCACCAAAGAUGUCAUGGAGCGCUGCGUUCACCUGCUGUCGGACCCGUGUCUCAGGCUGCGACUCAAGGCGCUGGACGUGCUGGAGCUGUGCGUGUGUGUUCUGAGUGAGCGGGAAGACGAGCUGCUGCCUCUGGCCCAUCGCUGCUGGCCCGCCCUCCUCCAGAGACUCACCGCCGAUGACCCCCUAGCUGUCCUCCGGGCCUUCAGGGUGCUGUGCACGCUGGGUGAAACGUGCGGAGACUUCCUGAGGAGGAGGGUGUCCAAAGAGGUUCUGCCCAAGCUGAGCUCCUCUCUGGUGCGGCAGGCUCCGAUCAGCGCCAAGGCCGGUCCCGUCUACACGCACACGCUGGCCUACAAGCUGCAGCUGGCGGUGCUGCGGGGGCUCGGCUCGCUGUGCCUCAGGCUCAAUCUGGGUGACGCUGACCUGGAUGCUGUCUGUGAGGCCUGCCUGCCAUACCUGAGCUGCAGACAGCCAAUCAGACUGCAGGAAGCUGGCCGGAGCGUUUUCCAGCACUUGAUCCGGGUGGAUCCCGAUGCCUUCUGGUUCACUCUGAACGAGCUGCACUGCCCGUGCUCCUACGUCCCGCCCCACCCGGACCUGCGGCCUGUGCGGCUGAGCGGAAUGGGCCGUCCGAGGGACGAGUACUCUGACAACGUGCUCCGGCUGCUGAGGGAGGAGUUUGGCUCGGUUGGCGAGGCAGCCAGCUAACGGGCUGGCGAGUGACGGGAUCGAACUCGUGCCUUUACACGGGCGGCCUAUCGAACCACUAAACUCAAACGAGGCAGUUCGCCGGAAGAAAAAUCGGCCCGUUGUGCCCGAAGAGACGGCCAUCAGACAGGGCCGCGAUAACCUUCAUGCUCUACACGGCUCGGAUAAGCAGCGAGUUGCAAAAGGGAAAUGUCAAUGAAGCUGCCUGCUGGGGUAGAAACCAGGAACACACACAGCGCAGGAGUUUUUCCAUGAAUAUGUAGACGUAUUCUGCGUGCAAAUGUGAUGCUUGCUGUUCUUUUUAUUUCUGUAUUUUGUCAAGAAAUACCUUAUUCCUACCUUGAUGGUGUGAAUUAUUUAAACGGAGUCUCAGAGUAGUUCUGGGCUCUUUUAUACAAUUUAACUUGGUGACCUAGAUAGGAACAUUCCGAUUUAAAAUGUUAUUUCUAUAAACUAAAACGUGUCUCUAGCACGAAGGAAAAGCUGUGUCUGGCCAAAGUGAGGAUCUUUUUUUAUUUUUAAGGCCUUAACGGGGAGCUUCACCGGUUUUACUUUGAAGGCGGCUGGCAGCUCUUGGAGGACUCCUGAAUAUGGAAUGGAAGCUGUACAAAGGCUUUUGCGGCUCCGGAGGGAACUCUUGAUGUGAAGUCUGAUGCCUACAAGCGAUGUCACUGGAGCGAGUGGAGCUGAGGGUUGAAAACUACAAAUUAAAACUGCAGUCAGGAGCUUUUCAGACGCCUGCUCCUCAUCGUUACCUGACAUCGCCGCGUCAGCCGCCACGAGCGGAACACCGAGUCUCUGACAAACGCUGAUGCAUCAGAGGCUGUAAAAACACAAGUUUAUGGUCUCAAUCUUUAGUUUCAAGUAUUUUUCAAUACAGCAUGAUAAUUAUUAAGUAAAUGAUGGUCCUAUUUUGGGUAAACAUGACUAAUGCAGAGAUCGCUUUUGGGGCGGAGCUACUUUGUCAUUUAAAGGUUUCUGCGCUUUGGGAGUUGUGUGUAUUUUUGUCUUGCAACGGUUUUUCAGGUAAUGACAGUUAUGUUGGUCACUUAGAAAUGUCGUUUAAGUAAAGGAUGGUGCAGACUUAA